AUGGUGCAGGGCACCCCGGUAACAUUGGCUUCCUUGAGUGCCCAGUUGGAUAAUCUGAGAGCCAUGGUAGGGAACCCAGAGGUCCGCACCUGUAGGGUUGAUCCUUAUGGGGAAAUUGAGAGUAGUUUGGAGAGCCUGAUCCGAGACCAGGCCUGCCUACGCAAGACUGUGGAAAGGUAUGAGGCUAAGGUCUGUGAGGGUUGCCCACCAAUGCCUUCCAUUUCCACUGCCCUGCUGGACAGUGGGGCGACGCAUGCGGUUGUCCCCUACCGCCCCGACCUGGGCAGCCUAGAUCGUGUGCCCGUCACUUUAGCAGGUGACGCCAAGGAAGAGUGGUGGAGAACCCAGGGAGGUACGUUGGUAAUCCCGCCUAGUCAAGAUGGUAGCAUGCAGGCUUCUCGGGGUCAGACUAUCUUACCGCUCGGAGCCUUGGUCCAGCACCUGGGCUGCCAGGGCCGCCAAGGCCUGAAGAUCCGAUUGCCCAAUGGUGUGCUGAGGAAAGAGAGGUUGCACCUCCAGAGUCGGAUCCUGUGGUCCCUGGCUUCUGCAGUAAAGGGUGCGGGAAUUCCGUAUUUGGAGGAGCUCGCAAGGCCCCCUUCUGAACUGUCUGAGACCUUCCGCUGCUGGUCUGGUACUAGCACAAUAACUCUGUACCAAGGAGCACUUACUCAAGACUACGAGCGCUUUACAAGGGUCAUGACCAAUUUGGAUUUAUCCUUCUUGGGAACCCUCCCAAGGGAUGGAGCUUCUUCACCGCCGCCAAAGGGGCGUGAGUGGACCUUGGAGUUCAGGAAGGAAGUCGUGAAUGCACUCAGGGGAAGGCCUUCAGGUCAGUCAGUCGAAGAACUGGAUAGGAUCAUUUCGGAGGCCCGCCUACAGACUGAACCGAGUGUUAAUGCGGCAGAGCAAACCACCUUCCGGGACCAGCUCGAAGCUGAGGCUCUCCGCCGCGCAUUUGAGGAGGAGAGUGUGCUCGGUGAUGAUGAUGAUGAGCACUUUGACGUACAAGGAGUCCUGGCUCCUCGAGCCUCGGAGCCCGAUGAUGGUGUCAUAGCUAGUGAUGUGGCAAACCCAACUGUGAGAGGUCUAAAUGGUGAUGAGGUGCCUCCCGAGGUGGCUAGUGAUCAUGAAGAUGUGCCGAUGCCGGAUCCUCACCCUGCAGGACGCGACGAGACUUGCAUCACCGGCAAGGAUUUGUUCAAAGGGGUUGAGUCCUCUGAGCCACCACCUGAGAAUGAGUUGGCUGAAUACGAGCCCUCGGAGCCCUCCGAAAACCUUUUCCCAGAGCUCUUUGAUGAUGAGCCACCACCAUUGCCACCUCCUUCCCAUCCACCGCAGCUAAGCCCCAACAUCAGUGCCACAGCGUGUGAGGAUCUAGUACCACAAUCCCUUUUGUCAGAGCAGGACCUUCCCGCUGAUGAGGAAGGUAUGAAGCAGAUAAUUGAGGAGUUGCGUGAACCUGUCGACCAGGUCCUCCUACGAUACUGCAUACCGCUGAGGACGAAGUCCGGUGCAGAGGUCACAGAGGCGAUCCAGCGCAUGAUUCUUGAAAUCAACCAAGCCUACCCGGUAUUGAGUAUUCAUCAUGAUCCGGGCACAGAGUUCUCAGCGUCCGCAUUGAGCAGAUGGCUAGCCGAACAUGGGGUGCGAACCCAGCAUUCCCUUCCGACUGAUAAGAAGGGUAAUGGCCUCUCUGAGAGGACAGUAGGUUGGGUCAAGUCUAGAAUCCGCACGCUCCUGAAGGCUGCUAAACUUUCUGUGGAGUGGUGGCCACUCGCUGCGAGAUGGGCUGUUUCCAAGCAUAAUGCCCUCAUCACUGGAGGGCCAGAUAUCCCGGCCUUUGGGCAGCAGGUCCUCCAUAGGAUUAAGCGCCCCGCGGACGGGGUGAAACAACUCAUGGAACGAUGGGUGGAAGCUAGAUAUGCGGCCCCUCAUAGGUCGGUUACGGACGGCCAUGUCCUUAUAACGUCAUCGGGCAACCUGGAGGAGGAGGAUCCCGAUGAUCCCCCCUCUGACCGCUUUGAUGAGUAUGGCAAACCUUUGAAGAGGAUAAAGGGAAAAUCUGCUGUUCGGUUUGUUGAGUAUACCCCGACCCAAUCUUCCGAGGAGGUUUCGAGGGAACUUCUGAUAGCUCAGGAUUACAGCUUGAAUGCGGUGCGCCAAGUUCUAUCUGCAGUGACUCAGGAGGAGAAGACUCCAGAGGAUCGGCGAGGCAUUGUGGAGGAUCGACAGAUCUUCGGAGCAUACUGCCAUGGGGGCCUUCGAGGAGUAACCACUCGGACCAAGGGUAAGCCCCUUACAACCCGCUUUCUCAACCGUGUCCUCGCCACCAGACUUGCGCAGCAUACUAGUGAGAAGAGCCCCACGUGGGCCUCCAUAAUGCUAAUGAGGGCCGGGAACGUAGAGGUUCAUAGGGACUGGAGGAAUGAGUGGGGAACCUUGAACUACACCAUGCAUGUGGCCCUCACCGAAGUCCCACUAGCCUUUGAUCCCCGCCAGCAUCACGCAGUCCGCAUGCAGCCGAACUGGUUGAUAGUGACGGAACUGAGCCGUCCAAUCUUGGAGCCUCUGGAACACCGCGUGAAUGCCGUUUCAAUCUCUUCGGAGGAUACCUCAGAAUCCAGUAUUGACUCAGAGGAAUUGCAGCGUCAGAUUGAGGCCGAUUCCGUCACCCCUCUGAUUGGAUGGGAUUUCAGCACUGGUGACCCUGGAGACAAGCGCCCUGAUAGCCCGCAGCUCUCUAGCUUGACGACUGGGGAAGUUCGGUUGAUAGAUAGCCCACCACUCGCAGGCCUAGGCUGCAAGCAACCGGAUGCACGGCAAGCCACCCAAGGGCGACAAGCCCAAGAGGAGGAGCUAAGUCCGUUGGAGGUGACACACAACGUGUCGCCCGCUGAGGUUCGAAGACAUUUGACAAAGUGGCGCCCGGCCGCAAGAGCUGAGUUGGAUACAUUUGAGAAAAUGAGUGUCAUCCGCAAGUUCUAUGGCAAUGAGGCCCGCGCGAUCGUGUCGUGUGGGAACUAUGCGAAGACCACAGCCGAGUCGCAGCUCUACGCUGGUGGAGCAGGCGCGGAGUGCCUGAGGACAUUAUUAGUCCACUCGGCACGCCGGGGACGCAGGGCGUAUGGGCUUGACGUGAAGUCAGCGUUCCUUCUAGCUGGCAUCCCCGAGGGAGUCACGAAGCGCUAUGCGAUGCGCCCACCUCGCUUACUGAUCGACCUGGGAUUGGCGCGGGAAGACGAGGUGUGGAUUAUAGACAAGGCGCUGUACGGCUUCAGAGAAAGCCCACGCUGGUGGUCACUGUUUCGAGACAGCUUCCUGCUGCAGGCAAAGUGGAAAACCUCUUUGGGGGAAGUUACUCUGGAACAGUUUUCAUCUGAGAGUGAUGUAUGGCGUAUCAGGCAUGAGUCUGGGGAAUGCAUUGGUCAUCUACUGGUGUACGUUGAUGAUAUUUUGGUGCUGACUGAACCUGAAGUGGCAGAGGCGUUCAUAUCCUGGUUAAGAGAGCAUUGGGAGUGCACUGGUCUGAAGGAGGCCACCGUGUCAUCACCCUUACGUUUUCUUGGAGUGGACAUAUAUGCUGAGGAAGAUGAGGAUGGCACCUUGAUUGGUUUCAGUUUACAGCAAGAAGCCUACAUUGAUGAGCUUCUGAGAAGCCACGAGAUCAAACCAAAUGCCCGGGCGACUGCACCUGUCCCGAGGGAAUGGGUGCGAGACCUACCACCCCUUGAAGAAGUGAGUGAGCAGGCGUUGCGGGCAGGACAGCGGAUCACCGGAGAACUCCUUUGGGUUUCCCAAAGGACCCGCUUGGAUAUUGGUUUCUGCGUUGGGCUAAUGGCGAGUUGGGUGUCAAGAUUUCCUGCCCACGUCACCAAGAUUGGUGGGCGAGUGUUGGAGUAUUUGGCAGCUACGAAGACGCAUAGGCUGAACCUGAUACCAGGUCGACCGGAGGGCCUCCGCAUCUUCACGGACGCGUCUUUUGCGCCCUACGGAUCGCAUUCGAUUAGCGGGAUCCUUCUACGGUAUGAUGAAUGCACCGUAGUAUGGAAAUCAAGAAGGCAGAGCCUGGUGACCCUGAGCACAGCAGAGUCGGAGCUCUGCGCGGGAUGCGAGGGAGUCACCCUCUCGCAGUCCUUGGAAGCCUUGAUAGUUGAACUAGAUGGUUCCAUGGGCGUAAAAAAUCUUAUGGUUGAUAAUAUAGCUGCAAUCACCCUUGCCGAGGGUGGGGGAAGUGUGCGCACUAGGCAUCUUAGAGUUCGUGCCGCCUUCAUCCAUGAUAUGCGUAAGCGUCAGGAGCUGGCAGUGAGCCACUGCCCUGGCGAUGAGCAGCUUGCUGAUUGCCUAACCAAGGUCAAGAAGGCAGGAGGCAGUAAGGAGGGCGAUAGCGAGGGAAGUGAGUUCUAG